UGCAGGGUGCGGGCGCCACUGAGUCCAGCAUGCGGCCAUGAGCGAGGCGGCCGGGGAUCUGCCAGAGCCCUGGCUGCCGCCGCCUACCAACGGCGAGCCACUGCGGCUGCCGCCGGUCUCGACGCUCAUGCAGCAGGCCAAGGACCAGUGCUGGGUGGCGCCUCCUCAGCCGCACGAUCUGUUGCUGCUCUCGUCGGAGGAGUCGUCCACCAGCGCCGCGCCCAGCCCUCGGCCCUUCCAGUGCACCGUGUGCGGCAAGCAGCUGGCCUCGCGCAACGUGCACCAGCUGCACAUGCGCUCGCACUCGGGCGAGAAGCCGUUCGGGUGUGCGCUGUGCGGCCACCGGUUCUCUCAGAAGACGUCCCUGACGCGCCACAUGCGCUCCCACACGGGCGAGCGGCCUUUCCCGUGCGAGGUGUGCGGCAAGCGGUUCGCCGACAAGGAGCGCAUCAAGAUCCACAUGCGCACGCACACGGGCGAGAAGCCGUUCGGCUGCCACGUGUGCGGCAAGGCGUUCUCGCAAAAGUCCACCGUCAAGCGGCACAUGAGCGUGCACACGGGAGAGAAGCCCUUCGGAUGCCCCGUCUGCGGCAAGGGCUUCGCCAACCGCGGCAAUCUCAACGCCCACGCCAAGACGCACCACCAGAGCUGAGGACGGCUCUUACUUAAGGCCCAUAUCACAGCAUGUUUUUAUUGUUAUUGUUGCUGCCAGCUAUUGUUGAGAGCGCGCUUAUUUAUCACUGGCUAGAGAUUUAUUUAUACCUCUGUUGGGCAUUAGCUGGCUGGGCCAGCCAGGAAUCUCGCCAAGAAGAAUCUCUUUAGGGCAUUAUUACAUUCCAGGGGGGACACCACUAGUCAACCGCGGGCUCUGCUCAAAGUCCUGUACCCGUAGAAGCCUCCAUAGCGUAGUCUAUCCGUCCAGGCAGGGCGGGUGUGCCGUCGUUCAAGCGGCUCAUUAUGUGCAUAAUAUCGCUGUGCCUUCCGUUUUCACGGCUGCGAGCCACGGUGGUGGUACCUGUCAAGAGGAGCGUUCUGUUUUUGUUACGCUUUUAGAAGAAUAAAUUUCAUUUUUCAGACUCUG